CUUGUACUUUAUGAGACGUACGAAGCAUUUUGUCAUAAAUAAAAGAAGAGUACGUUUCGCCUUAAGAUGUGAACUAUAUGUUCAAUGAAAGUUUGAUAUGGUGACUAGUCAACACAACUGAAUUUUCCGCAUCUAUGAAAAUAUAUUGAUUUUUUGGUCAAACUUGUUGCUGCUUUGUGGUAACAAAAUUAACAUCAGUACUGAAAAAUUGUGAGGGACAAGAGAAUCAUUUACAUAUAUGAAAGACAUGGAACAAAAUAUUCAAGGAUUUCGGCCUAUUUACAUCGCAGCCAUGGCUUUUGGAUUAGCAUUUGUAAUUCUUGUAGGUAUAUGGACUGGAGGAUACCUGGGAGGAUUUGCUUGGAGAAGUACUCCAGAACUUCAAUUCAAUUGGCACCCUUUGCUCAUGUCGAUUGGAAUGAUAUUUCUCUACUCUAAUUCUAUGCUGAUAUAUAGAAGCUAUCGAAGUUGUUGCAAAAGAACUCUUAAAAUUGCUCAUUCAGCUAUACAUGGAUUGAUAUUUUUGCUUACUAUUUUCGCAUUGAUAGCAGUAUUUGAUUCACAUAAUUUGCACAUGAAGGAUGGACAAAGCGAUCCGAUACCUAAUAUGUAUUCCUUGCAUUCGUGGAUUGGAUUAACUGCUGUUAUAUUAUUCGCUUGUCAGCUAUUAUCAGGAUUUGUGACAUACUUAUAUCCAGGCCUAACAUCUAAUAUCAAAACAACCUACAUGCCAGUUCAUACAUUUUUUGGUAUAGCAAUAUUUAUAUGCGUCGUGGUAGCAGCACUACUUGGCUUAUCAGAAAAAGGAUUUUUUGUAAUGAAAAGCAAUUAUGCAGAUUUACCAGCUCAAGGAGUUCUUUUAAAUUCUAUUGGAAUAUGUUUGAUCAUAUUCACGGGUUUAACAACAUAUCUGGUCACCGAAAAAAGCUAUAAACGUAUUCCUUUACCAGAGGAUGAAUUUUUAUUAACAAGUCAUGACAAAUAAAGACAUAAUAGUAAAAGAAACCUUUGGCGUUGGACUGCUAAUGUUGGACUAACUCUACCGCUUCAACUGUAUCAGGCUGACAAUUGCGUUUUGAAGACUGCUACUGAAACCCUUUCAUCUCUAUGAUACGAGCAAUAAUUUAUUUCAUGAUCUACAAAUAUCAGGAAUUUUAUUAUAUGGGGCAAUUUAAAUGAAUAUAUGUAUAAAUAUUUUACCAGCAUUAUCAUAAAUAUUUAUGGUACCU